AGUAGAGAGAGCGUUUCAUUGGUCUCUCCUGUCGACCUCUCUGUCUCCUUCUCAAGUUCAACCUCCCUCUCUUUCUCGGAUCGGCAUCAACUCGUUUCUCUACAUGAUUGUCCUUGGUAUAAAGUUAGGGAUGAAACCAAAAGAUGCAAUCUCCAAAGUGAAAACUCUCUCUGAUGUUGAGGGUUUGUGCGUAUCUUUUGCUAAUAGCCAUGAUUCUUCUGAUCCUGUGCUCGCUGUUAAGGAAUUUCUGAAUGAGGAACCUUAUAAAGCUGAAGAUAUUGAGAAAAUUACAGAGGAAAGUCUCACAUCGAUCUUGGGUAAUUCACCAACUUCGUUAGCUGUACUUAGAGCUGCGAAGCAUUUUAAGCUAUUUCAGGUACUCCAAAUGAAGGGGUUGCUUGGCUCCAUUUGCAGAGACUAGCUGAUACAUGGCACAGGAUACUGUUAAUUCCAGUGACUGGAGGAGUUGUAGGCAUGGUAUUAAUAGAUUUGCUUCUAAGGUAACUUUGGUGGCAUUUCCAAAUGCCCUAAUGCAUGUAGCUUUCCUUCUAAAA